GCUGCGCGGCUGGUUCACAUUAACCGUGUUGACGAGCUAGUGCAAGUCACAAGUCUGUGCUCAACUGCGCACGAUAUUUCGCCGAAUCCCAGUGGAUGAAGGUCGGUCAGAGUGGGGGGAAAAACACACCGCCUCAAUCCAGAGUAGUUUUGGUUUAGUGUUUCUCCUCUUCUCUCUCAGUCGUUGUUGCAGUACAGCGUCCUCAAAGUGUGUGUAUGUGUGUGGGCGGGGGGGACCGCGGAUAAAUAGAGCGCACACUGCUCUGCUGUGCGUAAACGGCUAGAGCGCUGGACCUGACUGGGACACGGAGCUAUCUGGUUGGCUGCGAAUUAAUGGAAAUAUUUACAUGAAUUAAUUAGCAUAGAAACGGGCAAUCUUCUUAUAGCGCAAAAUGGAUGAAGACAAACAUCUUCUAUCAAAUGGAAAUUAGUAACAUUUCGUUGUUGAGUCAAAUGUGGAGCUUCGGGCUAAAAAGCAUCCUUCUUUUGCUGCACCUGAGGCGCACAAUCCACUUCUGUCACUAAGGAUCCUAUAAACAUCAGCAGUAGUCCUGCAAGAAAUCGGAAAAAUACUCCUGGAUUCAUCCGGACGAUUUGCGCAUUGCGUAAUUGGCAGAGAGAUGCGCUUGUCCGUUAGACAGGCUACACAUAAUGUUGGGCCACAUUUCUGCUGGAAGGCGUUUAUCGCACCGCGCAUGUUGUAAACACAAGAGAAACAAGGAUGAGAGCGUCUAGCAUGCUUGGGAAAGGUGGACAUCAGAUGCUUGUGGCGCUCAGUUGGCUAUUUUUGUUUGUGACGCGGAGCGGAGCAGAUUCCAGAUGUGUGGACCAUGCCUGUAGUCCACCCAUAGGGAACCUGGCUGUCGGCAGGACCCUCAUCACCCUCUCAGGCUGCUGUGGGAACAGCUCCCUCCACCACAUCACUUGCCCCCAUCCUCCUGUGACACCCCACCUCUGCCCUGAGGACAGCCACCCACCUGCUCACAUGGCCGAUGACCCUUUCUUGCAUCCAGAUACCUGGUGGGCAUCAGGUGCAGGUAGCGCCUUGGAGGAGCAGCAGGAUGAGAUCCGUUUGGACCUGGAAACACAGUUCUAUCUGUCUCAUGUGGUUUUGGUGUUCAGGUCACCCCGGCCUGCUGCCAUGGUUGUUGAACGUUCAGCUGACUUUGGAAAGACCUGGGAAGCUCUCAAGGUCUUUGCACACAACUGCAGCAUGGAGUUUGGCUUGACUGAUGAUUUUAGUCAGCCGGGCUCUUUGUGUACAUCCCGUUAUACCAGUGCGACACCCUGCAGUGGUGGGGAGGUAAUAUUACGGACACUAGACCCCAGCAGUGCUAUCACAGUGGACCCCUAUGGUCCAGAGGCCCUCGCCCGCCUGACCCUCACUAACCUCCGCAUCAGACUGCUUAAAGCUCAGACCUGUCCUACACCUCUGAACUCCUCAAAAGAAGCAACAAACACCACAGUCUCAGCUCUGACCUCCACAUCCACCACAGAAAGCUCAGCCUCAGCACCUUAUGCUAUUUAUACUUUACUGGCCAGAGGGACAUGUCUGUGCCAUGGACAUGCUGAACAUUGUGUACAACACAACAGCAGCCAGGACACAAGACAGGACAGUAACAUGGUGUCUGGUAGGUGUCUGUGUACUCACCACACAGCAGGGGAUCACUGUGAGAAGUGUGCCUCGCUUUACAAUGAUCGUCCCUGGAGGCCCGCCAAUGGCAGCAGCGGGGAUCCCAAUCCUUGCCAGAAGUGCGAGUGCCACGGUCACGCAGAUAGUUGUCACUUCUCCCAGCGGGCAUGGCUUUCCUCCGGUGGCACCAGCGGUGGUGUUUGUGAUGACUGCAGGCACAACACUGUGGGGCGCAGGUGCCAACGAUGUCGCCAUGGCUACCACCGUCACCCAUCCUUGCCUCUCAGUUCCCCCCACGCCUGCACACGCUGCUGGUGUGAUCCACAGGGCUCUUUGCCUCCUCGUCCUGGAGAGGAGGGACCCUGGUGCCACCCUCGGAGCGGGCAGUGCAACUGUAAAUCUGGUGUAGGGGGCACAACCUGCAGUCACUGCCUGCCUGGACACUGGGGCUUCGGAGUGGAGGGUUGCAAACCCUGUGUCUGCCCUCACAGCUGUGAUCCAACCACUGGGCAGUGUGUGGACAGCUACUCAAAUAAUCAGGUGUUCAAUGUGCCCAUCGGUGGAAAAAUCCCUGAUCUGGAUCACAUGUUCACAACUGAAGAAGACGUGCAGUGGUCAAAAGAGCUUGCAGUCUCUGCUCUGCAUUAUACAGGAAAGUGCAGCUGUAAGGAGAAAAAGCUGAGAAGUAUGUCUGACCUCUGUAAGACCAAACAUGACUAUGUGAUCAAGGCCAGCGUGCUGUCUGCUCAUGACAAAGGCAGCCACGCAGAAGUGCAGGUCAAAGUGCACAAGGUCCUGCGAUCAGGUCAGGUGGCACUGUACUUGGGGACAAUCAGUAUCUAUCCUCUGUCCUGGACCAGCCGUGGCUGCACCUGUCCAAUCCUAAACCCCGGUAUGGAGUACCUGCUAGCAGGCCCAGAAGAGGCUGGGACAGGUCGUUUGCUGGUCACCAUGCAGAGCGUGGUGGUCCCCUGGACACCCCGACUGGGUCUACUUAUAUCAGAGGGCCUCAGAAAUGGAUGUCCAUGAUCCAUAUGGUCCAAAAAGGCAGGGACACACUUUCAGGGGAGGAUUUCACAAGGAAAUGUAUGAGUCAGUAAACAAUUCAGAAAAGGGACUGAAAAUCACUGGACAACAUGCUGUAUCAUCAAGAGGGAAACUAUCAGAGAGAUAAACUCAUGACCGCUCUAAAAAUUUUGCACACAAUGUGUGGGUGUAUGACAAGAAAUAAA